AUGGGGGCACUGCUGGGGCUGCUGGCGCUGCUGGGCCUGGCGGGGUGCUCUGCUGUCCCGGAGGACCUGUCCGGGGAGCUGCAUGUCUCCGCCAUGUGGGUGACAGUGCCACGGCAGUUGAGCCCCCGGGCUGACACCAACCCCCUGGUUGUCUUUUACUGGUUGGAGGUGGAGGGGCGGCCGUGGGUGCUGCGCCUGUGGCCCCGGCGGGGCCUGGUCUCCCACCCCUUCACCUUGGUCACCUACGGCAAGGACGGGGCCCGCUGGGAGGAGCACCCCUUUGUGCAGGACAACUGCUUCUACCAAGGUGAGGUGCAGGGGAGCCCCAGCUCCCUGGUGGCCCUCGGCACCUGUGGCAGGGGGCCCCACGGCGGGCCCUGGGGGGAGGAUGGCACCUAUGAGAUCGAGCCCAUCCCCAAUGAUCCAGCCUUCCGGCACAUCCUCUACCGCAUGGAGGAGGCCAACAGCCCCAUGGGCCCCACCUGCGGGCUCACCCCGGAGCAGCUGCAGCACCAAAAGGCUUUCCUGCCCUGGUUCAAGGCCUCCUGGAUGACGGAGGAGGAGGAGAUGCUGAAGGACUGGUGGACACAUGUCAGGUACAUGAAGAUAGUAGUGGUCGUGGACAACGUGCGGUUUGUGAAGUCGGGCAGGAACGAAUCUGAAGUCUUGAGGCAAGUUGUAGAAAUCAUCAACAUUGGGGACGCUCUGUACGAACAGCUUUCUGUUCGGCUGUUUCUUGUGGGAUUGGAGAUCUGGACCAAAAGUAACCUUAUAAACAUUACUAACUCUGUCACCAAGGCACUCGAUGACUUUAACAAAUGGCGAAAGUCAGACCUGUCUCCACGGAUGCGCCAUGAUACUGCUCACUUAUUUGCAUUUCAGAGUUUUGGAAAGAGCCUGGGAUUGGCAUUUCUAGGGUCUGUGUGUGAUAACCAGUGGUCAUCAGCAGUUGCUUCCUUCACUGAUAGGAAGUUGUCCUCAUUUAUUACCACGUUUGUCCAUGAGCUGGGCCAUACUCUUGGGAUGAGCCAUGAUAAACAGGGCUGUAAAUGCAGACGGAAGAAAUGUAUUAUGUACGAAAGCGAUGCUGACACUGAUGCUUUCAGUGACUGCAGUUACAAAGAUUACUUUAACCUGCUUGGGCGUGGUGCCAGCUGCCUUCGUCAACCACCAGCACCUGGCACUUUCUACACCUUGAAGCAUGAAUACUGUGGGAAUAAGAUAGUAGAAAGCAGGGAGCAAUGUGACUGUGGUUCAGAAUCAAACUGCAGAAAGGAUCCUUGUUGUCACCCAAACUGUACAUUUACUGCAGGUUCAGUCUGUGCUUCGGGAAAAUGCUGCAAGAGCUGUCGGGUCCUUCCAGCAGGAACGCUCUGCAGAUCAAGUACUGGCAACUGUGACCUCCCAGAGUAUUGCAAUGGCACUUCCCCUCAGUGCCCGCCGGAUGCGUACGUACAAGAUGGAACCCCUUGCAAAGGUGGUGCUUAUUGCUAUCGAGGAAAAUGUUCUUCUCACAGAAAACAGUGCCAGCACCUCUUUGGCAAACGAGCCAGGGCUGCUCCUUUAGAUUGCUUCAAAGCAGUGAAUACUCGAGGUGACCGGUUUGGGAAUUGUGGUAUUCGUAACAAUAUCCAUUUUAUAAAAUGCAGUAUCGAGAAUAUCUUAUGUGGUAGGAUCCAGUGUGAAAACAUAGACAAAUUGCCUUUCUUGCAGAACCACGUAACACUAGUUCAAACCCCUGUUGGAGAUAAAAAGUGUUGGGGUCUCGACUAUCACGUAGGGAUGCCAAUAAUUGAUGUGGGAGCUGUGGAAGAUGGCACACCAUGUGGUAAUGAUAUGCUUUGUAUCAACAGGACAUGUACCAGCAUAUCACUGCUGAACUACGAUUGUAACAAGUCAAAGUGUCAUGACAAAGGAGUGUGUAACAAUCAUAAGAACUGUCACUGCAGGUAUGGUUGGGCUCCUCCGUAUUGUGAACGGGAAGGAUUUGGAGGUAGCGUUGACAGUGGACCCCCUCCAUCCAUUCAGGGAGCAAAAAUUCAGGGAGUAACAUUAUUUAGUCUUCUUUUUCUCUGCAUCCUUGGAGUAACCCUUACCAUGUGUUAUAAACGGAAAAUAGUGGGGUGGCUUAGGAGGAAAAAGGCCCAGUUCCACAGAAGAAGAUAG